AUGUCGUCGAUCACCAAGAUACCAGACCGUCACAUGAUUCAUGUGACGCUCUACUUUGCACCUGAGAACGUCCCUAUUGCUCUAGAGGCAUGCAAAGCUCUAUUUGAAGAGGCUUGGAAGGAACCACAGUUGGAUUUCUGCCAGGUUGUACAACAUGUGGAUGAGCCGGGGAUCAUUCGUAUCCAAGAAGCAUGGAAUGCUUCACGCAAAUAUCUUGACGAGGUCCAAUUGCACAAGUCCUACUACGCGCCAUAUCUUGAAGCUACUCAGCAUCUCUGGCUGAGACCACGUGAAAUCCAAAUUUUCGAACGCAUCUCUGGCUGGACGUCGAUCAAACCAUCUUUCGCUCAGGAUGAACUCGAGCCUCAGUGA